CUUGCUGAGGUUAAUGAUAAACGGGUGGGUUAAAAAAAACGUCCAUGAGCAGUGUGUGGUGCUUGAAAUUCUCAUAAGGUCUAUGAAAUCAACCCACAUCUUGAAUGGACUGCAACAUGGUAUCUCCGUUCCAGUGGGACUGGGAGAAUUUGAUCAUGUCCAAUCCUUCGAAGACUGAAAAUGAAAAAAGGCAGCAAUCUACUGAGUGGGAAUUUGAAAAAGGUGAUGGUAUUGAAUCUAUAGUUCCAGAUUUCUUAGGCUUUGAGAAAGUCGGUAGUGUCUCUGCCACUAGUUUCUGGCACACUGCUGUAUCAAAAAGCUCCCAGUCGACCUCUAUCAACUCAUCAUCUCCCGAGGUCAAACGAUGCAAUCUUGCAUCACAAAGUUCCCCUGGAGAUUCUUCCAGCAACAUAGAUUUUGUCCAGGUGAAGCCAUCCACAGCUCUCGAGGUAUCUGUUGCCUCAGCUGAAUCAGAUCUUUGUUUAAAACUAGGAAAGCGGACAUACUCUGAAGAAUUUUGGGGCAGGAACAAUAAUGACAUUUCAGCAGUUUCUAUGAAUUUGUUGACUCCAUCUGUUGUUGCUCGGAAGAAAACCAAAUCGUGUGGUCAGAGCAUGCAAGUUCCGCGUUGCCAGAUUGAUGGCUGUGAGCUGGAUCUCUCAUCUGCUAAGGAUUAUCAUCGCAAGCAUAGAGUCUGUGAAAAGCAUUCAAAGUGCCCAAAAGUUAUUGUGAGUGGCCUGGAACGUCGUUUCUGCCAACAGUGUAGCAGGUUUCAUGCUGUAUCAGAAUUUGAUGAGAAGAAACGAAGCUGCCGCAAACGUCUUUCUCAUCAUAAUGCAAGGCGUCGCAAGCCACAAGGUGUAUUUCCACUGAAUUCAGAGAGGGUGUACGAUCGAAGACAGCAUACAAGUAUGUUGUGGAAUGGGUUGUCCCUUAACACGAGAUCUGAAGAAAAGUAUGCAUGGGGUACCACUUAUGAGACAAAGCCUACACAGAUGGAAAGCGGCUUUACUCUGAGCUUCCAGAGAGGUAAUGGCUCUGAGGAGCAGCUGUUUGCUAGUAGCAGCCUCUCUUUCUCUGCGUUUCAAACCUCUGGCGGGUUCCCAGCAGGGAAAUCCAACGUUCAACUUCCUGACAAAGGUGUGGGAGAAUGCUCAGGAGGCCUCCAUGAAUCUCAUGAUUUCUACAGUGCUCUCUCUCUUCUGUCAACAACUUCGGAUUCACAAGGGAUCAAACACAAUCCCGUGGCCGAACCACCGCCAAUAUUUGGCACUUUCCCUACUCAUUUCAUAUGAAAGAGUAAGGAAGUCACUCCAUAAAAAGUCGGGUUGCAUCCGAUGGAGUUUGUUUUCAAAUAAAAUAAAAAUGUGUAACGUUCAUUGCUCAAGCUAAACCAGUUACUCGGUUAGCUCAGCUUUUCUAAUACAUUUCCAAACAUAUU